AUGCCUUUGCCUGUUCAUCCUAUGGCUCGCUCGCCCCUUGAUCGCCAUCGUCAGUUGGCUCCAUCUGCAGCGGUCCGGGUUUCUCCACUUUGUCUUGGUGCUAUGAACUUUGGUGACGCGUGGAAAGAUUGGCUGGGCGAAUGUUCAAAGGAGACUGUGUUUGAGAUCCUUGAUUACUUCGUUAGCCAAGGCGGCAACUUCAUCGAUACUGCCAACAACUACCAGAACGAAGAAUCCGAGAAAUGGAUCGGGGAAUGGAUUACCCAGAGGCAAAACCGUGAUGAACUCGUCCUCGCCACCAAGUUCUCCAGCAGCUACAAAAACCAUGAGGAUGACAAGCUUCAAUCAAACUAUGGCGGCAACAGCGCCAAGUCUAUGCGUGUGUCCUUGGAAUCCUCACUCCAAAAGCUGCAAACGAGCUAUAUCGAUCUUUUUUAUCUUCACUGGUGGGAUUACAGUGUUUCGAUUCCCGAGUUGAUGCAUAGCCUCAACGACUUGGUCGUCACGGGGAAGGUCAUAUAUCUGGGGAUUUCUGAUAGCCCCGCCUGGGUAGUUGCCAAGGCCAAUCAAUACGCUCGUGAUCAUGGUUUACGCCAGUUCUCUGUAUACCAAGGUCUUUGGAACGCUUCCAUCCGGGAUUUCGAGCGAGAGAUCCUUCCGAUGUGCCGUGAUGAAAACAUGGGCGUGAUUCCUUGGGGAACCCUGGGCCAGGGCCAAUUUCACACGGAAGCCGGGUUCAAGGAGCGGGAGCAGAACAAUCCCGGGCGCAAAGGACGGGGUCCCUCGGAUGACGAGAAACGUGUUUCCAAGACCCUAGAGGCAAUUGCCAAUGCGAAGAAGACGGAUCUUACUAGCAUUGCCCUCGCCUACGUCCGCCACAAAGCCCCUUAUGUUUUCCCGAUUGUCGGUGGGAGAAAGGUUGAGCAUCUCCGAGGGAACAUUGAUGCAUUGAACGUAUCCCUCAAUGUCGAGGAGAUAAAGCAGAUCGAGGAAGCCUAUGUCUUUGAUCCUGGCUUCCCUCAUACCUUGCUCAGCGGCACUCUUUUCGAUGGUAGCUCUCCACGUGCUCCUGACGGCCCCGGAGACGUGUGGUUGACCAAGUUAAUGGGAAACUUUGACUGGGUGCAGCCAGGACGGCCAAUUGAGUGGACUAGAAAUGCUCCUGAUUCUAGAUAA